AUGCUCAGUCUUCAUGGACACUCUGUAAAUGACUGCCAUGCGGAAAUCAUUGCUCGUCGUGGGCUGCUGCGAUUCCUAUAUGCGCAAGUGCUGCUAUACACACAGGACCCAACCAAAUCAAUCUUUGUGAAGACCAAUGAACUAGGAAAGUUAGCGCUUCGUAAGGGUCUGUCUUUCCAUAUGUUCAUCAAUACCGCCCCAUGUGGUGACGCUCGUGCGUAUGUCUUAAACGAGGAUGGUGCUCAAAACAACGAAGUGGAUUCACACAGUCAUCUUCGAUUCAAAGUUGAAAAUGGUAGGUUUUGUUGUGCCUUUGUGAAAGCUGGACGAACUUCGCACCGCAGACAUACUGGCGCCCAAACAGUUGAGGAAUGCUGUGGCGAACGUAUCUACUAUGUCUGUAGUGACAAGAUCAUGCGCUGGAAUGUUCUUGGAGUUCAGGGAGAACUGCUGUCGCUACUGAUUGAUCCGAUCUACCUUGCCACGAUAUCCAUCGCUGAAAAGGCUGACAUAGCUCGCUUGGAGCGCGCUCUUUUCCGUCGUGUUGAAGGAUUCAAACCGGUGGCACCAUUCCGUGUGAACAAGCCUCACAUUGCACACUGUCAGGCUGAAACAAAUGUUCGUGAUACAGCACCUGGUGCCCCGAUAGCAGUCAACUGGAACAUCGCAGACGAUUCCAUAGAGAUCCUGAGACCAAGCAGUGGUCGUAUAGAGAAAGAUCCUCAUGACGUUUCUCGCCUUUCCAAAAGUAAUAUGGCCAUGCUUUUUAAGAAAGUAUGCAGUGAUCUUGGAAAACCAGUGCCAGCAGGUUACACUUAUGAAAACAUAAAGGUCCAUUGUCAAGCUUAUGAACAAGGCAGAAUCUCGCUGGAGACAUGGCUUCGUGACCAGAAACUAGGAAUGUGGCAGUCAAAACCAGAGGAAGUGUCAAUGUUUACUCCAUCUAAAGCAACUACGGGUUCAUCAUUCAGUGAGGAGGAACGUCUUCCACGAAAAUCGAAAACUUGGAGCCAUGAUGAGAUUAUGGUGUUUUACGAGGGACUGAAGCAGUGUGGAAAGGAUUUUGAUGGUGUAAUGCGAAUAAUGGCGAAGCGAAAAGUUGACAAGAAUAAGGAACAGACGAAAAAUUACUACUUCAACCUACUAAAGCACGUUAAGCAGUCAAUUUCUCUGGAAGAAGACUCGAUGGGAGACAUUGGGCGUGAUGCGAAAGAAUUGUUCAUUACUAUAAAUGCAUGUGAAUGGAGGAGACGAACUCAUACUAAUCAGUACAUCCCGGAACGCAUGAAGGAACUGAUUUUCCACGGAUGCACCACGAUACCUAUACGGGAUAAAUCGAAAAAGAAAAGCGUACCUGUGAAGAUUAAGACCCCGCCUUGUCCAUCAUUGCUGAAGUUUUUCUAUAGUAAUCAACUCGACAAGUUUCCUUCCGAAAUCAUCGUGUCAUUGAAGCCGAUGACUUAUGCGGAUGCUUCUUAUGUGUAUACUGAUGCAAAUGGAAGUCGAAGGUCAUCUGGUCCGCGACCCGAUGUUCGUUUGUUCGCUGGUAAAGAUACUGAAGUGGGAAGAGUUGUUCUCAAUGCUACCGAGUUGGCGCCAGCCGUAGGAUUGUCCCUGAACAAGCUAAGAAAGGAACGAGAAGAUCGAGAAGCCCUGAAGUCUAAACGAUCCCGAAACGCACAAGUGAAUACUGAACCUUCGUAUACGGUGUCAAUAUCCCAUAAUUUUGUGCUAAACGAAGACAUAAUGAAGAACGGACUAUGUGAGGAGAAUGUUCGGGACGCGAUUGUGGCUGAGAUUUAUUGUUUGUGUGGUAUGACUCCAGUUGUGGAAUUGGUGUAUAGUGUCCGAACUGCGCCGAGACUGCGAGAGCCGUGGCGUAUUAUGGUGUCAUUGUUAGAACGCGAUUAUGGUGAAGCCAUCCUCGAUACAAGGAAGCGGCCUAUUGAUACGACGAAUGAACGAAAGCUCCGCAAACACCAGUGGUUGUUCAACCAGUGCUUUCUGAAAGCUCUGUGGUUCUUGAAGAAUAUGACAGUUUUGCCGAACAAUAUAAUGCACUCCGUGGGAAGAAAGGAGCUCAGCAGGUAUACUUACUUCUUAAGUGUUCUAACACAGCUAGGAUCGGAAGCCUGUCCUCUGCAGAAACGUCGGACACUGGCUCGAGUUGUCGCACAGCCACCCAAUCAAACACAAAUCACGUCGUUUAUUGCUCCUAAACCUGCUGUAAUGACGUCACUUCGUGUGGAGACAAGCACUUCAUCGGCGGACAUUAUGCUUGGCAAGCAAGGUGGGAAUUUGAAAUACAAUGUUCUUCAGGACUACUGCCUUUUCUUGGAACAAACUCUUCAGUCAGUACAAAGCUCGAUGUGCUGUAGAGCGAGCAAGAAGUCGCGAUCAGGGAAACAGUGCAGACAAGGUCGCAACGGAUUUUUCCGAGUUAUGCCCGACUUCCUUUGCUCACGAUUUUCUCAAGCUCUUUGCGUACGCCUGAUAAGACACCGGCUAAGAACAUUAAGCCGGAUGAGGACAGGUGGGUUCCAAUUACGGACUUUUACAGUCGUUUUCGCAGCAGACGCCGGACCGUCAAGGGACUGGGUUUGGCGCCGCGCCAGCUCGUCUUCCUGGCGUAUUUCAGGUAUGGGGACGAUACUUGGUCGCACACCAGAAUUACUGGCUCCGCAAACAGUUGAUGGAAUUGCUGGUGGAGAACGUAUUCGUACUAUGUCGUGUAGUGACAAGAUCAUGCGCUGGAAUGUUCUUGGAGUUCAGGGAGAACUGCUGUCGCUACUGAUUGAUCCGAUCUACCUUGCCACGAUAUCCAUCGCUGAAAAGGCUGACAUAGCUCGCUUGGAGCGCGCUCUUUUCCGUCGUGUUGAAGGAUUCAAACCGGUGGCACCAUUCCGUGUGAACAAGCCUCACAUUGCACACUGUCAGGCUGAAACAAAUGUUCGUGAUACAGCACCUGGUGCCCCGAUAGCAGUCAACUGGAACAUCGCAGACGAUUCCAUAGAGAUCCUGAGACCAAGCAGUGGUCGUAUAGAGAAAGAUCCUCAUGACGUUUCUCGCCUUUCCAAAAGUAAUAUGGCCAUGCUUUUUAAGAAAGUAUGCAGUGAUCUUGGAAAACCCAGUGCCGGCCAGGUUCC